AGCGUCCUCAAAAAAAUAAGGGAAGAAAAAUCGGACAUGAUAGUGAUCGCCCCCUUUUGGCCAAGGAGGGCAUGGUUCUCUCUUCUCAGGUCCAUGUCGGUAGCAGAACCAUGGGUUCUUCCCGAGAUUCCGAAUCUCCUGAGGCAGGGCCCAGUAAUGCACCCAGAGGUAGAAUCUUUACAUCUUACGGCAUGGAGAUUGAGAGGGCACACUUAAUUAAGGAGGGAUUCUCAGAAGCACUAAUUUCUACUAUUCUUAGUAGCAGGAAAAAAGUGACUAACACUAUUUAUGCCAGAAUAUGGAAGAGAUUCCUAUCCUUUGCAGGUCUUGACACCAGUAUUUGGCCAGAGAGGAUUUCCACCAGACAGGUCUUAGAAUUUUUACAGAGAGGGCUAUCUUUAGGAUUAGCAAAAAGUACCCUGAAGGUUCAGGUUUCGGCCCUCUCAGGUUUAAGCGGUAGGAGCCUGGCCAUGGAUCCCUGGAUAGUCAGGUUCUUCAGGGCAGUGGAUAGGGUUGCACCAGUCAAGGGACCCAGAUUUCCCCCCUGGGACUUGAACUUAGUUUUAAAAGCCUUGACCACUCGUCCAUUUGAGCCCAUUGAAGAUUGCUCGAUUAAAAAUCUCACGUUAAAGUUGGUUAUGUUGAUAGCUCUUAUUUCAGCACGUAGAGUUAGCGAGCUUCAGGCCCUAUCUAUCAAUCCCCCGUUUAUGACCAUACGUGAGGAUAGGGUGAUACUAAGACCAGAUCCAAAGUUCAUUCCUAAAGUACCUUCUAAAACUAACAGGUUGCAGGAGAUAGUUCUCCCAGUCUUUUUUCCAGAGCCAAAAUCUGAGGAUGAAGAAAGAUGGCACUUAUUAGACGUAAGAAGGUGCCUGAUCCAGUACCUAGGGAGAUCCAAGGACUGGAGAAAAUCCUCGUCCUUGUUAGUCUUGUACGCUGGGGCUAGGAAAGGUAAUGCUGCCUCCAAAAGUACCAUCGCCCGGUGGAUUCGGGAGCUAAUUUCUUUAGCCUACUCCUGUUCUGGUCUUUCUCCUCCACUAUCUUUGAAGGCUCACUCUACUAGGGCGGUGUCUACCUCCUGGGCAGAAAGGUCUAGUGUUUCUAUUGACCAAAUCUGCAGGGCGGCCACGUGGGCUUCUCCCUCUACCUUCUAUAAGCACUAUAGACUUCAGCUUGACUCCAUCUCUGACCUACUUUUUGGUACUAAAGUAUUAGAGGUUGUCACCCACCCUUGAAUUCUACGUAAUCUCU